UCAUUUCCAAAAAGAGAAGUAGAGUAUCACCGACUGCUCAAUGGUAUGUUGACGUGGCACAUUUAAAUGGACCCAUGUAUAAAACAGACCACAUUGCUUAGUUGGACAGUAAAUCAGUAGUCCUUCUACAAUAUAUCUGUCCACAUUUAAUCACUGAGACAUAGAAGAUAUUUCCAGUUGUACACAGGCGAGCUCUACAUAGAUGCAGAAUUAGGUUUUCCAAGGCCAGAAUGGGAUCUCUUGACAAUGACAUUAAUCAAGAUUUUCAGGAUGCCAUUGAUGUAAUUCAGCGUCACUCUCAGAUCCGACACUGUGACAACGAAAAUAAAUACUAUGAGAAUUUGGGAAGUCAACAGUCCUCUGUGAGACAUGCCAUCUCAUACUAUCAGUUCACACCUCAUUUCGAGCCUCCAGGACCGGUGUUUGACUGGAAUGAAUCCUCGUCAUGGUCUCACAUUGGGCCAGAUGUGUCUCUGGGGCCACUGUGUUCCGCUGACUCUUCAGCGUUUUACUCGAGUUUACCACAGCGCCACGGAAAAGGCCGUAAGAAGUUACGCUUAUAUGAAUAUUUGCACGAGGCUCUUCACGAUGACAACAUGGGCGACUCCAUCCAAUGGACGGACCGAGGAAGCGGGAUCUUCCACUUCAUCUCCAAAAAUAAAGAAAAACUGGCCGAAUGCUGGGGUCAGCGCAAGGGCAACCGCAAGACCAUGACCUACCAGAAAAUGGCACGCGCUCUCCGCAACUACAGCCGCACGGGUGAGAUUGUCAAAGUGCGUCGCAAGCUCACCUAUCAGUUUAACCCAGCUAUACUGCAGCGAUUGAGUUCACUGUCAGGCUACAGCUCAGGCCCUUCGUCCAGAGACAUGGCCCUUCAUCAGCAAGGCUCUGCUGAGCACGUCUACUACAGCUCUCCUCUACAGGACUGUCAUUACUGGUACGGCCAAUGCUCUUACCAGGCCGAGUACGAUCUUGCUACUGUGCUGACAAUGCACGAGGAGCCCAAAAUUGGCGUUUCAGCUCAGUGAUUCUCAAAAGAGCCCUUUUCUGUCAUGCCAUGAAUUCUGACAUUUCUGUUCUUUACAUGGGAGAUUCUUGCAAAUAAACUUUGACAUCGCAAAAAUGUACAAAAUUACCCACAGUGCUUUAGAAAUGAGUGGAUGCAUGUAAAUAGUUAAAAGUUUGUUUGUUUGUUUGUUUUUGAAAGAAAUUAAAACUUCUGUCAGUAAGGAUGCAUUUAAUUGAUAAAAAAAAAGACAGCAAAGAUUUUCAUUGUUUUAUAAAAGAUUUCUAUAUCAAAUACAUUUUUUUUAUAAAUAUCACAAAAAAAUCUGCAUUGACAUUGCAGGAAUAAAUUACAAUUGAAAAUAAAUUAAAACAGAAAAGUUAUUUUACAUUCUAAAUUGAAAUAAUAUUAAAAAAAAAAAAUAUCUUUUUUUUUUUUUUUUUUUUGGAUCAAAUAAAUGCAACCUUGAUGAGCAUAAGAGACUUCUUUAAAAAAAAUGGACCCCAAGCUUUUGAACCACUGUGUAUAUGUACAGUGGCCCUAAAAAGUAUUUGGACACUCAAAAUAUGUUAACUAUUGUAUGAAAAAAUAUAAAACCAAAUAACCCUUCUUUUAAAAUGACAGUAGAGCGAGCACUUUUUUAAACAAAACAUUCAAUCAAUAGUUUUUAAAUAAUAAUAAAAAAAAAAGGUUCAUAAAAUAUUUUUUUGUGUUCCUGUGGCUCAAGGUUGUGGGUUCGAUUCCCAGGGAAAAAUAUGUUAGUCUGAAUGCACUGUAAGUCGCUUUGGAAAAAAGCGUCUGCUAAAUGCGUACAUUUAUUUAAUUUAUUUUGAUAUUUUGUAUGCAAUUAAAUAACGUUAUUAUUAUGUAAGUGUCUUAUAUCUACUUUUUGGAAUCACUCUACUGUUUGUUAUAAGUCUGUCUUCAUAUUUACUUGUUUACAUAAGAUCAUUUGUUUUAUCACUCAAAUAAAGUUUCCUUGUCUUGAAAAAAAUCCCAGUCAAUUUGUUUGUUAAACUCUCCAAUGUAAAACACAUACGCUUGAAGCCGCUGUAUAAACUUUUGCGCUGAUUUCUUUGCAAAUGCACUGGGCCGAGCUUAUCUAAUUCACAGAGAAAGGAUUGUUUGUGAGGGCUUUCUGUGUCAUAUUACAAACCGAUCUCAAAUCAUCUUCCUCUUUGAAAGAUAGCGAUCAGACUCUAAUGCAGUGCUGCUGUAUAAUUUUCAUACUGGACAAUAAACACUGGAGUCAUAACAACCGUGC